UUGGCCAUGCCCACCCAGUGACAUGAUCACCUAGCCACUGCCACCCAGCCCGUCCGGCCCCCCAAAGGUCUGAGGGACCGUGAAUUGGCCCCCUGUUUAAGAAGUUUGAGGAUCCCUGGUAUAGAGUAUGAAGUAUAUAUCCAAUAUUGUUUUUCUUUUUUAAAAAUUUGAUUUUGUAAUUUUUUUUUUAAAAAAUUCCCUUUCAUGGGCCCCCUUUAUGCUCCAUGGGCCCUGGAACAACGUACUGGCUGCACCAUCAGCUGCUGUGGCCUAGAGGUGGAACUCUUGCCUCACAAUCAGGAGGUUGUGAGUUCGAUCCUAGGUAGAGGCAGAUGUAGGGCAGAUGCUUGGGCAGUGGGGUUGGACUAGAUGACCUGCAAGAUCCCUUCCAACUCUGCUAAUUUAUUAAAACUGUUGAUGGGGCACAAACCAAAAAUAUUCUCCCAGUGCCAUCUAGAUUUUGGGACCAACAAUUGGGGCCUAGCACGUCAUCCCUUCUGCCAGCCUUCUUCAGUCUGGGUUGAGCUGAGGAUACUAAUUCCCUUGGCUGGGGAUAAUUGUUGUUGUAGUUCCUCCCCUUCUGGGGGAAGGGGGGGGAGGAUAGUCCCUCCCUCUCUAGUCUGCUUUUUGUUUUGAUUCCUUCUCCAUAGGUGAGCUGCGAGCCCUGUUCUCCCUUUCCUCCCCGCUUCCCCAUUCUCUUUUACACUUUAAUUUGUUUUUCAUUAGUUCCUAUGGCAACCACGAAUGUAUCCGUGGCGGGUUUUGAAAUUAAGAGAAAAUGAGUGCAGAUUACCGAAAAAGGGGGUGGGGGGGUGGUAUUUGAGAUCAAAGAGGCUGACGAGAAAUAGCCCUGCCUGAAAAAUUGGCCGUUAAGCCAGUCUGUUUUCUUCCAGAAGAUAGACUCCUUAUCCUUGCCAUUAUAACUAGCUCGAGAUCUUGUCCAGGGAGAUAAUCCUUUGCAUUUCCCCCUCCAAAAUGCAGAAAAAGAACGGCUGGAAACAGGAGGCACUGAACAGCACAGAUGCGACGACUCCAGACAGACCUUUAUCUCCACCCUUUACAGCCCCACCAAGCAUGAAGUCUGCAGAAUUCUUUGAAAUGCUUGAAAAAAUGCAGGGUCCAAAAUCAGAAGAACAGAAGGGUGGAGGCCAGAAAAACAAGGAGGACUAUAUCCCCUAUCCCAGCAUUGAUGAGUUUUUAGAAAAAGGGAGUCCCUACCCCUUAAUCAUCUUGCCUCAAUUUGGGGGCUACUGGAUUGAAGACCCCGAGAACCUCAGCACCCCCACUUCAUCCGAAAGCAGCAUCUGUGACGAAGAGGAGGAGCCGCUCAGCCCCAGCACUUACGGCUACAAAUUGGAGUGCAAAGGUGAAGCCAAGGCAUAUCGGAAACAUUUCUUAGGAAAGGAUCAUUUAAAUUUUUACUGCACGGCCAGCAGCCUGGGAAAUUUGAUCCUUUCCAUUAAAUGUGAAGAGGUAGAUGGAAUUGAAUAUCUACGGAUUAUUCUCAGGUCCAAAGUAAAAACGUUACAUGAAAGAAUCCCUUUAGCUGGACUCAGCAAGCUGCCAAACAUCCCACAGAUUGCAAAGGCCUUCUGCGAUGACGCCACAGGAUUAAAGUUUCAGCCUGUGCUCUAUCCCAAGGCAUCACAACUGAUCGUAUCCUACGAUGAACAUGAACUUAACAACACGUUCAAAUUUGGGGUGAUUUACCAGAAGUUUAAGCAAACACAGGAAGAAGAAUUGUUUGGGAACAAUGAAGAAAGCCCUGCCUUCAAAAACUUCUUGAACUUGUUGGGAGAAACCAUUACACUACAGGAUUUCAAGGGCUUUCGAGGUGGCCUGGAUGUGACUCAUGCCCAGACAGGCACAGAAUCUGUCUACACGGUGUUCAGGGACCGAGAGAUUAUGUUCCACGUUUCUACCAAGCUUCCCUUCACAGAGGGGGAUGCCCAGCAGCUUCAGCGGAAAAGACACAUUGGCAACGACAUUGUGGCUAUUAUAUUCCAAGAAGAAAACACUCCCUUUGUUCCGGAUAUGAUUGCUUCGAAUUUUCUGCACGCCUAUAUUGUCGUCCAGGCAGAAAAUCCAGAAACGGAUAAUACGUCCUAUAAAGUAGCUGUCACAGCACGAGAAGAUGUCCCAUCUUUUGGUCCUUCACUGCCAAGCCCACCUGUAUUUCAAAAAAAUGCAGAAUUCCGAGAGUUUCUUCUCACCAAGCUGAUCAACGCAGAAAAUGCCUGCUGCAAGUCAGACAAGUUUGCCAAACUUGAGGAUCGAACGCGGGCGGCCUUGUUGGACAACUUGCACGAUGAACUCCACGUCCACACGCAGCUGAUGUUGGGCCUAGGAUCCGAGGAAGACAAGCUGGAGAAUGGUGGACAUGGUGGAUUCUUGGAAUCGUUUAAGAGAGCGAUCCGCGUCCGCAGCCACUCCAUGGAAACCAUGGUAGGAAGCCAGAAGAAGCACCAGCCUGGAGGAAUCCCUGGGAGCUUGAGUGGUGGGAUUGUGCACAACAGUGUUGAAAUAACCAAGACCACCUUCUCUCCUCCAUUAGCAGCAGCAACAGCCAAGAAUCAAUCAAGGAGUCCUAUAAAGAGGAGAUCGGGCUUAUUCCCUCGUUUGCACACUGGAUCCGAAAGCCAAGCAGAACCUCGGAGCCGAUGUGACAGUGGCUCAGGAACACCCAAGACUCCCGAUGGAGGGCAUUCCUCCCUUGAUAUGAAGUCAGAGGCUUCCUCGAACCCAAGCUCUCCAGAAAUCUGUCCCAACAAAGAGAGGCCUUUCAUUAAACUCAAAGAGAAUGGAAAGUCAAAUAUUUCCCGUUCCUCCUCAAGUACCAGCAGCUUCAGCAGCACUGCAGGAGAGAGUGAAAAUAUGGAAGAAUACGAAAGCCUGGGCAGCCAGUCCUCAACUGCAUCACCAUAUAAGCAAGAUGUAUUUGUUUACAGUCCUUCCCAAAGCAUCGAGAAUCCAAAUUUAGCAUCAGCCUCAACCCCUGUUAUCAUGAGCAGGAGCCCCACUGCAGAUAUAAAAAGCAGAAAUUCUCCAAGAUCAAAUCUAAAAUUUCGCUUUGAUAAACUUAGCCAUUCAAGCUCUGGCCCGACACAUUAGCUGAAGAAUGACCCCCCCCUAAGGACCUGUAAAAGGACGUUUUUUUGUUGUGUUUGUCUCAUUUUAAACAGGGUGGGAGGGAGGACCGUUUGUUUCAAAUGAGAGCACCCCUCCACCACACCAAGCUCCGUAGCCACCUAUGGAUUGCCCUUCAUCCGAGCAGAUCAUUCCAUAAAACCAGGAAAGAAGAGAUCUCUUCCAUGGCAAUCAUCCAUGCUUUAUCCCUCUGGAGUGGAAGGAUGUCCCAAGGAGGACCCAAAUUGCAUACCACAUACUGUAGAACUGAAUGGGCUUCUGUCUUUUUUCCCCUUGGUCGAUCAACGGAUUGGUAACAUUGUGCUGUUGAGCUUGAGAUCCUGAGUGCUGCUUUUGGUGUAAAUCUUUAGAUGUCAGAAAUAAUAAUAAUAAUAAUAAUAAUAAUAAUAAUAAUAAUAAUAAUAAUAAUAUCAACACCUAUUUCAGAUCCCUGGGAAGGGCUUGAUAGGUGGAUACAAAUGCCAAAUCCAGCCUAAACAUCUUGCUGAUGUGCAACAAACCCCACCAUGCAUACCCUCUUGUCGUCAUAAUCAUCAUCACCAGGGGUGUCAAACUCAAUUUUAUUGAGGGCCGCAUCAGGGCUGUGAUUGAACCCAGGGAGGCCGAGGGUGUGUGGCCGACGGUGGGUGUGGCCAACUGGUUGGGUGUGGCUAGUUUGACACCACUCCCCAAACUGCUGGCAUGUUUCCUCUUUGCAUUGGGUAGACCGGGCCGAAACCACUCUGGCCCUAUCUUUCUUCUUCACAUUGGAUAGACCAGAUCCAACUAGAUCACGGGCCGGAUGUAGCCCGUCGGCCUUGAGUUUGACACCCCUGAUCAUCACAAUACUUUGCUGUUUUGUGACUAAUUUCUUACCUAAUUAAGGCCCCCGUCCCCUGGAUUUAAGUGACCUUUUCUUUUUUCUUAUGCUGUUAUUGAUGUAAGAUUUUCCACAUGAAGUUGGUGCUGAGCCAAGAAUGCUCUUCUGCCUUUUGAGCAUUUCUGCUUCCAUGUGAUGGAAAAGAAAUGACAUUUGGUUUUUUUUUGCUUAUUCAAGAAAGUGUUAAUGGAUAUCAGAAGGGUGGAGUGGAACGGACAUGUCCAUAUCUUACGUAUAGGUAGCCACAAUAGUGCCUGUGAACCAGGGGUGGGAUUCUGCCAGUUCGUAUCGGUUCGGAUGUACCGGUAGCUCCAACAAAGAACUGCGAGCGAACCGGUUCGCUCCAACAAUCAGGUGGGCCCGCCCCUGCGCUAUACUGACCUAUAUUUCCUGUGUUUGAAGCCCAGCUGAUCGGCGUGGUAGAGCAGAUUGCCGCUCUUCAGCUGUUUUACAGUUGAAAUAGAAGGCAUGUUUUAGAGCAUUUUUCAAAUGCACUGCAUGCACCCAGCCAACCAGUUGUUAAACCGGUUGAAUCCCACCACUGCUGUGAAGAUUUGGUCUUUGUCUAUAUAGUUCUCACUGGUUUGCAGUCUCCCUGAAAGCUAGUUAAAUCCAGAGACAGAGAAAGGAAGAGAUUUUUGAGCUUGGUGGUUUUCUUGCAGACAUUUCAUUACCCAACUUGGUAACAUCAUCAGGGCUAGGAGAGAGUGGGAUUUGCUCUUAUUUUUCUAUAGCUGUGUCCUGCCCUGUCAGUGUAGGGCCAGGGCAAGCCAGAGGUGGGUUUCAGCAGGUUCUGACCAGUUCUGGAGAACCGGUAGUGAAAUUUUGAGUAGUUUGGAGAACCUAUAGUAAAAAUUCUGACUGGCCCUGCCCCCAUCUAUUCUCAGCCUCCUGAGUCCCAGCUGAUCAGGAGGAAAUGGGGAUUCUGCAGUAUCCUUCCCCUGGAGUGGGGUGGGAAUGGAGAUUUUACAGUAUCCUUCCCCUGCCAAGCCCGCCAAGCCACGCACACCAAGCCACGCCCACAGAACCGGUAGUAAAAAAUUUUGAAACCCACCUCUGGGGCAAGCGGUUACUAUAUUAAAAUAAGAGCAAACCCCACUCCUUCCUAGUUUCUGCUAAGUGUUUUGGGAUAAUGAAAUAAAAAGUUUGGGAAGCACCGUGUUAGAGGAAAGAGUUGGGGGAAAAAAUCAGACACAAAGAAGGAAUGAAGUUCGGCAUCCCUGGGAUUGAUAACUUCUUUUGCCCAAAGGCCAAUUAGUUUUGGAUAUGGAAGAGGAACAGGAAUUCUGCUGCUGUGAUUUGGACUGCAAAAACCUCUGAUGCUAUCCUUGCAGAUCGAGAAAUACUCCGAGGCCCUUUUGUGCAUCUGUGCAACGUCACGACACACCUAUAAUAGGGUUUUCAUGCUGCCAGCAAAACUCCGCUUGCUUCUCCUUCUUUUCUGAUGGUCCCACUGCUAAAAUUUUUUCCUGUUGGCUUCUUACAUUGGAGGCCAUCCUUACAGCUUUAUAAGCUGAACCUGCAAAAAUUUGUCUCCCUGCAGUCGUGAAUCAAAAUGUGCCUUCACCGCUGGAAGCUUGCUGGCGCAGUUGUUCUUAAGAGGGUUUUUGAUGUUGUUUUUUGGUCAUUUUAUGUUGCACAUUGUCCAUUAGAUUCAGGUCAGGCCCCGCUUGGACAGUUUGGAAAAAAUAGCUUGAUUUGGCUUGGCAUCCAUUCAGAGGUCUUGUGUCUCAGCAAUGUCUCCAAAUCUGAAAGCCAAACCAAUAAAUACAGCAACUGGAGCACCACUUGAAAACCUUCGGCCCUGACAAAAUCACCAUCGGUCAAUUGCAAAAGGCAGCUUUACUGGGAACAGUUUACAUCCUAAUCUUUUCUUUUUAUGCACACUGAGAGCAUUUGCACCAAGACAAAUUCCUUGUGUGUCCAACCACGCUUGGCCAAUAAAAAUUCUAUUCUAUUCUGUUCUGU